CCAAACGCCCUUAGGGGCCCUUAGGGGAAAAAACAAUCUCUCUCUCUCUCUCUCUCUCUCUCUCUCUCUUCUCUCUUCCUAGAUCUGUUGCUUUCUCUAUCUAAACACACUCCAAUGGCUACCCCAUCGUCUUCAUCAUCGAGAGCGAGAACCAGGUCAAGCGGACCAGUUCUUCGCUCGCUCUCACCUUCCGGAAGGUUUUACACAGCCUCGAAUGCCUCCAUCUCAUCUUCCGCUUCGGGCUUUGCUUCGUCCACAAGCUCUAGCUUUUCAUCUCCGGCCUCCGCCUUCUUCAGCCACCACAAGGACCACUACUACUACAAUCAGCAGAUCAACCACCACCAUCACCACCGAUCCGCUUCCCCGACUCGUGUCAACCUGUACACCUCCUCCGCCCCUUCUCCAUCCGUCCGCUUCUCCAUCGACCACCGUUCGAUCUCUCCGAACCACUCGAAUCGAUCCAUCACCGUUUCGAAGAAAAAUGGCCCGAUCUCGAUGCCUAAGAAGACCUGUAUGUGCUCGCCGACGUCGCAUCCGGGGUCGUUUCGCUGCAGCCUUCACAAGAACAUCGGUGGAGGUCACAACGCAGCUCCAUAUCCGACGAACAGGCUGAACAUGCGCAGAUCUGCUAUGACGAACUCGCUGGUUCGUAUCGGUGGAGUCGAAGGUGAGUGGGUGAAGCGAGCCUUAACCGCUUUGAUCCGCCCUUGCGCCCACCAGCAGAGGCGAAGAGCCGGCUUCCAGCCGAGGCCGAGCCGGCUCUCGGCCAUGUCCACCGCCGACAAGUGACUGAGUUACUAUUGGCGAUGAUCUCUCUGAUUUUGUUUUACAGAGUAACAGAAAGAUACAGGUCAGGUUGGUUAAUUUCCGGUAAUUACUUCAUUGUUUACGAUCUUUGAACCCGGUGAGUCAACUCGGAGCCACACAGCCCCGCCGCUAUCGAUCCGAGCUGAUCCGACGGUUUUAGCUGAGGUCAACUCAACUCGGGCGAGUCACGAAGCGGAGGCGCCGAGUCGAGCCGGCGAGUUUGCGCUCUGGGAUACGGAGCGUCACGCCGAAACACUGUGAAAGAGAAACUCCAUAUUGUACAGUUGAAUGAUAUGAUUUUCUAUGGAAAAUUGGAAGGACAGUUGUCGGACAUUUAAUCUUUUCCCUA